AUGAAGACCUGUCCAGUAGUAGUAGAAGUAGUGCCGGAGAUCCUGGAAUAUAAACUAGAGUACACGCCAGACUUACGAUGUGAGAAGCAAACAGACUUGGUGCCUGUUUGCCACAGUUGUAAAUCCUGCAUCUUGUCCUGGAAGGCAUUCUCCACCCGUGAGUGGUUUGUCCGUGCCAGCCGUGCCUCUCAGGGACAAUUCUUGGUAGGGAUCAUAAAACGCUUCAAAAGUCAGGACCUCUUGAAGUAUGCCUGGAAUCUCCUACAGGCUACUGACACUAAGGAUUUCACCUACAGCCGUUCAUGUGUCAGCUCCAGCUUGAUGGCCUCUUCCACCUUGGACCGGGCACUGGAUCCACAGAAACUGGAGCAGUCCAUGGCAGACCUAUGGAAGUGGUUCUUAAAUGCCAGUUUCUGGAGCAAAGCAAACUACAUCUUGCUUUUGCUACAGAUGUGUGACACACAGUUGUUGCUGAUGGCUGCCAGCAUGAUACGUAUCUUCUUAAGCCAAGAUGAGAUGGUCACCUCCAAAAUGGUGGAAAAGGACAAAGGUCAUCUACGUUCGCAAAGGGUUUGGUCCAAAGAGUCAGAUCAGCUAUCUGGAGAUUCAUCUGAGGGCGUGGAUAGUGCCAGUGGCACUUCCACUGCACUAAAUGUCACAAAAUCUUCCCAAAAGCCCCCCAACAUCAACAAAUUCAAAGACUUCAUUCGCUGCCUGCCCAUCCACCUAUCCAAGUACAUAUUGAGAAUGCUGGACCUGAAAUCCCUGAAUAGAUGUGCCAAAGUGAGUCCACACUGGAACUUCCUUGUCAAGCAAAUUCGGAAGGAUAUUAUAUCGAAUCGUUCCCUCAGGAGUGAGAUUGCAUACCUGCAGGGGUCAUGCCCUAAACGAGCAAUUUCCAACUAUGCAAAAAUAGUCAAGGUUACCAUUCCCCGGAUAAACACUGAAGGCAACAUCAUCUCAUUAAUAAUCAAGAAUAAGCAACUAAUAAGAAAGGAGUCUGAACACCUGCACAAAGCUUAUCAUGGCCAAGAGACAAACACUGUCAAGUUAGAAGAAAGGAACGUCUUCUGCGGUGGCUAUAAUGUCCGAAUUCUAAUCGACAGUUUGGAUCCAAACAGAGUGAUUCACUACAGCGGUGGGAAGUUGUUGGCCAUUGGUUCUGUGGACCGAAAAGUCCAUUUGAUGGAUAUGAAUGACCUGAAGCGCGUCCCUCCUAUCCUUUUUGGACAUGCUGGGAGCAUCCGGGCCAUAUAUCUCAAUGAACAGAAAGGGUUGCUUCUGAGCGGCAGCUACGAUCUCAGCAUCAGAAUGUGGAAUAUCUUCACUGGGUCGUGUGUGAAAAUUUUUAAUGGUCAUUCAGGGAGCAUCACUUGCUUGGAUUUGUACAAGAACAAAUUUGUGUCUGGAUCCAAAGACUGCACAGCAAAAAUGUGGAAUAUAGAAACUGGGAAAUGCAUGAAGACUUUUGGGCACAAAGCUAUUGUUUGGGCUGCUAAAAUGAAUGAAACUCACGUUGUGAGUGCCUGCGACAAGGGCCUAGUGAAAGUGUGGCAUGCUGAGACCUGUAUACUGAUCAAGACUUUACAAGGUCAUCUAGGCCCUGUGAAGUGCCUGUCGUUUGAUCAGUGGCAUCUUGUGACAGGAAGCAGUGAUGGCUAUAUCCUGGGAUGGAGCAUGCUGGGAAAUCACAAGAGAUGUCUGGGAGCUUUCAGACACCCCAUGGAGGUUCUAUCCCUGGGAUUUCUCUAUCUCAGAGUCAUCAGCGGUUGUGCUGAUGGGAAGAUACGCAUAUUCAACUUCCUGACUGGGACCUGCCUGAGGGUUAUGAGAGCCAACAGCAGAGGUGACCCCGUGGUGUCCUUCUGUAUGGUAGAUAACAAGCUAGUGAUCAAUGCACAAAGCAGUGUUGUUUUGUUCCAGUUUGAGGAGGUGAUAUGGGACCAUACACAAACUUCUGACAGACUAAUUAAAACAAAAGAGAAGUGCAAAUUUGAUGACACUCCAUUCCGUAUACAGCCAUCUCCGCAUUCACUUUCUCAGCGGAAGAGACGGGCCAACAAGAAUAACUGGAAGCUUUACAGCACCGACACAGUACUUUCCUAUUACAUUACUCGGCAAUCCAUAAGAUGCUCCAAAGACACUCCAGGUCUUUGUUAUGAAAUAGUGAGGGAACCUCCUCCCAGGACUAGCCCACAGAUGCGCAAGACUGUGGCAGCCCUGGACAUAAAGCCAGACGACAAACACAGACUCUCUUCUCUUGCCAUAAACCAGAGGCAUGAUGAGUCAGAACAUGAGCCUUUAGCCCCUGCCUCCUCCAAAUUUGGUCAGAAUGCUGAGGCUUUCAUAAAGUACAUAAAGAAGAAGCUUGCUCAUGGUCCCUUAUCUAAUGACCAGCUACUCCUCACUGUCAGCACAAUGCAACAUGCCUACCAGACUGACCACGUCAGUGCCAAUAUGGCACAUAACAUGAAAAUCAAAGAUGCUUGGGGGGCUGUCCACCUCCAGAAAGAGCAGCGCCAAAAUAUCCUGGUUCCUCAAAAUCCAGAGCAACAGAAAAUGGAUCCAUCAACCCAGCUGAAAAGACUGAAGGCUGCCAGAGGCAUUCUAGGUAUGGAAAGGAUUUCCACACCUUAUGAAGUCAAGACGCUACAGCUCAACUUAAAGAACUCCUUGCUUGGGAGCAGCGUGAAAUCCUUCAUCCCUGUCCCGACUAUUACACGGUCCAAGUCAUGCAACAGCUUGUCUGGAGGGAAAAAGAAGUCUGGCCAGGCCAAGAUGCCACCUCCAACUACCACUCGGGGGAAGGUCAUCGGUCACUAUACAACCUCCUCUGAAUCUAUCAAAGUACCCCGAAUGAAGAUUGCCCAACCUGAUACAGAUAUAGCAACACGGCGAGGAAAACUCUUCUUUGUCCACUCUCCAAACCCAUACCGACUCAAUACUGGGUUCCAGCUUUUGACAACACAACAAAUGAAAGAAUAUGAAGAAGCUAAGAUACACGAGUAUCAGGCAAAGAAGACCAAAGUUAUAGCAAACAGAGAAAAAGAAAGUAAAAAUGCCUGGUUAAGGAAAAUUAAAGGUCUUCCCAUAGAUGAUUUCACCAAGGAGGGUAAAGUUGCUGCUCCUGAACUUGGAGAUAAUGUUUUCAUUUGAGCUUAGCUUUUCAAAGCAGCCCUUCCAAAUAAACGAGCACAAGCCAAAGAGCUGGCAUUGGAAGGUUUGGGGCUGUUUGGAUUUUUACUCUCAGCUAUUUCCUUUCAGAAGACUAUGACAAAUUCUAUCCAAUUAUUCUGAUUUUGGAAUAGCUGAGAAGCUUGGACCCAGAGCAAUUGGAGGGGGGUUGCUUGAUGGGGGAAGCUGCUUCACUCCCCAAAGAAACAUAGUUCCAGUUUGCAAUGUGUGUAGUUUACAAAUGCUCCUGUUCUCUGGAGAAAGGCUUAUUAGCACGACGCUAAAAUGAUUCUGUUUGUAAGCUUUCUUCUCAAGCCUGCAUGUACACUCCUCAAAGCUCAUCAUCCAGCCCAAAUCUAAAUGAAAAUGCCUAAACUUUGCAGUCUUGAGGGCAACCUCCAGGUGCAUGAGAGCCACCAUCAAUUGUUAUUUGGCCACAAAAUAAAGAAAUCUUGAAGCAAGAGCAACAGCUCUUACAGCAAUACCUGCUUUGUAAUGAACUUGUUUCUUGAGUGACUUGCUGCUUUGCAUGUGGGUCUUGUUUUCACCUUCCAAAUAGUGGGGGGGGGAGUGUAAUGAAUUAAAUUCCAUGCAAAAUCAGACUGACUCUAUCCCACAACAUUUUCAAGUGGGCCUUAAAGACUUAUUGUUUUUACUUGGAAGCCUUCAGUGGUUGACAUAAAUUGGACUGCAAAGAUGAUGUUCUACAUUGUUGAUAAUAUAUUGAGUUUAUGCUGGGCUGGUUGAUUGUUUUGGGCUAGCUUUUCAGUUACUAGUGUGGUUCUAUUUAGUGUUUUAAACGUUUCUGGUAUUGUUUGCUAUUAUUUUUUGUGCUCUGCUUUCUUUAAAAAGCAAGUUUAUUAAUUUAUUAAAUCUAGGACAGUACUGCUGCUCUGUAUAACUUACACUGAAACCCCUAAAAUAAUUCCCUGGGCAACAGAUUUGAGAGCUUCCGGUUGGCAGGAGUAAGGGUGUCCUUAGCAUCUCCUUGGCAGAAAGUAGUUCAGCAGAUCCACCUUAUCUUGGUUUGGCAUUGAUUCAGCUGUCCAUAUUUGAUACCUGCUUGGUGUGACAAAACCUCCACAACUGAUAUAGGAGGGCAGGCAAGGGGGUAACUGUAAUCCCAGUGGAAGAAAACCAACCAGGUGAUCCUCAUUUUCGCACAAUGCUAUACAUUUGAUUUGGUGAGACCAGUUGAAGCUGAAAUCUUCCAUUUGGUGCUGAAAUACAGUUGUUUAAUGUGUACGGUGGUAUUACUUGUUUUCAUUGUUCUCUGUGUGGUUUUAUUGUUUUAAUGUGAAUCUUAAGUCACUCAGAGAUCCUGAUGGUUUAUGG